AUGGAAAACAUGAAAUAUCGUUGUUGCCCAUGCCCAGCCGCUGUGACCAACUCAGGGAAGUCGAGCCUGCCACUUAUCUGUCUGGUGCCUCGUGACGGAAAGUCCAUCGAGCAUGCCGUCCAAAAAAAACCCCGGUCGACAUCAACCUUCGCUCCAGCCAAAGAUUUCCCUCUCCUCGAUGAGGAGUAUAUCAAGAAGAACUUUAAGCUUCCACCCAGAGCGCUGUACCUUGAUCCUCACAGACGACCGCUCAUCACUUUUCCCAUGACACAAGAGAUCUCCAACAACUUCAAUAUGGCGCGCAAGAACAAGAUAAACCAGCAGAUUCUUGAUGGUUACUUGGACCCUAGUGAAGCAAUAGCCUCACCCAGCGUUUUCCCAUACGGGAAGACGAAAAAAGAAAGCGAAGAAGAAACAAAGGAAGAUGAAGAACUUAUUUAUAUUCUCCAAUUACCAGACUGGGAGUUUAAGUGUCCGGUUCACCACCAUACCGUUAAAACUCCUAGGUUCAUUUGGCACACUUGCAAAAAAUCAAAAAAGGAAUCAAACGGGGAGCUGAAACAUGGAGGAGGCCCACUCAAAAAACCUAAACCGUGGUUACUAAGUAGACAUACUGAUUUCGAUUUACUUUCGCAAUGGUAA